GCAACGAAUUCGUGCAGUGGUGGCUUCAGACUGAUUUUGGGAAAAAGAGACAGAUAUCUUGGGAUGCAAAACGAGCUGCAAACUGCUGGAAAAACUUUGAUCAAGUAGCGUUUGAAAAAGAUGGAAAGCCUGGGGUUAUGUGCCAUCAAUGUCGGAAGGUGCUUGAUCACCCUGCGUCGGCUCACUCAGGGACAUCUUCAAUGAACAAGCAUUAUAAUGGGAUAAAUUGCCGGAAAGCUGCCUUAGCUACAGGAAAGAAACCAAACAUUAAGCUUGCAUUGGAGCAUGCGGUAUAUCCAAGACCUGACUUUGACA